AUGAUGUCAUUGCAAAAUGAAGUACAGGAAGGACCUGAUUUGAAUCCAUCUCGGAACCCGUUUGACAAGAAAGAAUACCGUCAUAUUCUGUUGCCGAAUGGACUCCGAGCUCUACUUGUCAGUGAUACGGUGGCCAUGGCCCAGAAUAAGCAAUCAUCAUCAUCAUCAUCAUCGGCCAUGGAUGAUGAUGGAGGUGACAGCGAAAGUAAACAAUCGGGAACAGAGGAAGAAGACGAACCAGUGGAUAAUGGUUUGGAUGAAGAAAUAGAGGACGAACAAGACGAGGAUGAAUUUGAUGAAGAAGAAUCAGAAGCUGCAGGAGGCGGCAUCCGAAGUGCAGCUGCCGCCAUGAUUGUUGGCGUUGGAUCCAUGUAUGACCCUCCAGAAGUCCAAGGAUUGUCACACUUUUUGGAGCACUUGCUCUUUAUGGGAUCCAAAAAGUACCCAUCUGAAAAUGCCUAUGACAAGUACAUUUCGAAACAUGGCGGCAGUGAUAAUGCAUACACAGAAUCCGAACAUACAGUCUAUUUCUUCGAUAUCCCCCAAGAACAUUUGGAAGGUGCCCUCGAUAUCUUUGCUCAAUUUUUUAUCGAGCCGUUGAUGCUGGAAUCUUCUGUGGAACGAGAACUAAAUAGCAUUGAAUCCGAGUUUCAGCUGGUCAAGAACUCGGAUGGUUGUCGGCUGCAACAGCUAAUGUGUCAUACAUGUGGUCAUGGUCUUGGAGACCAUCCAAUGCCACAAUUUUCUUGGGGCAACAUCCAAAGUUUAAAGGAGAUUCCAGAAGCAAAAAAUGCAGAUCCAUUGGCCAUAUUGCGUGAAUUCUACAACGAGUAUUACUACGCAUCAAAUAUGCGUUUGGUUGUGGUUGGAGCCUACUCGCUCGAUGCGCUUCAAGACUAUGUGGUCAAGAGCUUCUCGGAUGUCCCACAAAAGGGGACCGACUUUUCUUUUGAUGCCAAGUAUGAGCCAAAAAUUAAGAAUGUCGGCAUGCCUUUCACCAGUAGUAGUCUACAAAAGGUCUACUACGUUAUUCCAGUCAGAGAUCGACACGCCAUUACUAUUACCUGGCAAGUUCCGUCACAAAUGAAGUCUUGGAAAUCGAAGCCAUGUGAUUACUUGGCACACUUGAUUGGUCAUGAGGCGGAAGGAUCCUUACUUGCUGCUCUCAAGUCCAGGGGUUGGGCUACAGCUGCUUGCGCUGGAGUCGGGUCGGAGGGAUAUGAGAAUGCUUCGUCGCAUGCGUUGUUUAUGGUGUCCAUGACGCUUUCCGAAGAAGGAGUAACGCACUGGCAAGAUAUUGUGGAGGAAGUGUAUCGCUACGUUGGCAUGCUCCGAUAUCACUGCGACAAAGGACUUCCUCUAUUUCUAUUUGAUGAGUUAAAAGCGAUGCAAGAGAUGUCGUAUCGAUAUGAAGAUGAGCCAUCGCCGGAGGACUUGGUUGAAAAUCUAGCCGAAAUGAUGGCGCCAGCCCUUGAUUUGCCUGCCAACAAACUUCUUGAUGCCCUUCCUCUCCUGUACGAGUUCGAUCCAGUUGCAGUCGCUGAUCUUUUGGAGAGUUACUUUACACCUGCAAAUUCAAGGAUAGACUUGACAUCGACCAAAUUUGGCAGAUCCGCAGACUUUGAAGAUUCCAAACCAUCCAAAAAAAUUGCAGCAGUUGAUACUCCACUGACGAAUAGUCUCUUUGAUCCGACAGGAAUAAUGCCGCUCCAAGAGCCUUUCUUUGGAACUCAGUACUGGUGCCAGGACAUCCCCAACGAGUUGCAGCAAAAGUGGACAGCGAUAUCGCAAGCUCAGCUGCCCCCACCGGAAUCAAGUCUAUCUCUUCCAAAGCAGAAUAAAUUUGUGCCGACUGAGUUUCAGCUGAAACCCCUCCCCACUGACAUUGACCCAAUGGAUGUUGAUACCCCCAUGGUAACAGAAGAAAUGGCUCAAGAUGCAGAUCCAGACGACAAUGACGAAUCGGCAGGGUUCCCUUCCAUUCCUCCCAGGUUGCACCCUUCGCAACUCCCUAGCUUGCUUUGUGAUACCAAUGUCUUGAAGUUAUGGCAUUUGCAAGACCAGGUUUUCAAGAGGCCAAUUGCUGAACUUCGAAUCCUAAUACGCUGUGCAAAUGCUGGAAAAUCGCCCCUUCAUUCGGCUUGUUCAGAUCUACUUGUCCGCCUUGUCGCUGAAUCGUUGAACGAAGUCGUAUACAUGGCAAGCAUGUGCGAAUUGAGCACUUCAAUGUCUUCCACUGACGGUGGAUUCUCGAUACGUGUCCACGGGUUCGACGAAAAGUUGAUGACUCUGUUUGGAAUUGUUCUCGAUACGCUCCUGAGCUUUCGAGGAGAAGACAACUCGACGCUACCAAGGGGAAUACAAAAGGAUCUCUUUGAUCUCUGUCUGGAAAUCAAUAGUCGGCGGUAUGCCAAUGCUGGAAUGAAGGCAUCAAGCCUAGUUUCGGAUGUUCGAGUCAAGUGUCUGAGACCCGACCUGUGGUCUUCAAAUGAAAAGCUCAAGGCAAUUUCCAGUCUAGACAUUCCAACAUUUCUGAAAACAGUCUCUGAGGUGCUUGGAAACAUUGCUGUUGAAGGUCUGUAUCAUGGGAAUGUCAAUGUAUCUGAUGCCCAACAUGCCCAAUCCGAAAUUAUUCGUCUACUCGAAGCAAGUGGUGGGGCGGUAGGACUAGCUCGCGAUGAGUAUCGAGAGCACCUCGUCACCAAGGUGCCAAGCGCUACCGAUAUUACGCUGCGAUGUGCAGCAAUGGAUCCAGAAGAACCAAACCAAGCUGUCGAAGUAUACAUUCAGGUAGGCGAAGACAACACAUUGGAUCGGAUCAUGGUCGAUUUGUUGGUAGAAAUGAUGUACGAACCACUAUUUGAUCAAGUUCGUACAACAGACCAGUUCGGAUAUCAUGUCUCAUGUGAUUCCCGCUGGACAGAUGGAAUCAUUGGAAUUCAGAUUCGAGUUGUCAGUGCUUCCAAGUCGGCCGAAGAAGUGAACGCAAGGAUCGAGAAGUUUCUAAUCGACUUUCGGGAGCUGCUUUCCAAGAUGAGCCGCGACGAUUAUUUCGAGCAAAUGAUUGGGCUUGCUAAGCAAAAACUCGAGCCUUUCAAUUCAUUGUCCGAGCAAACUGGUCAUUUUUGGAGCGAGAUUCGUGAUGGUAGAUACCAAUUCCAAGUCGAACUUGAUGAAGUGCUUACUCUGCGAGGCAUUUCACAAGAUCAAGCAUUGGAAGCCUAUGACAAGUGGUUGUAUCCAAAGGGUUCAGGGACGCGGCGAAGAUUUUCAGUCAACGUCGUCAGUGUGAAUUCGUUGAUUUCUGAAAAUCCACAUUUGAGCCAAGAAAUGUGCGGUGACUUCAAUGAUGAGCGGAUCAACAAAUUUCAAGAGAUCUGCAAGAAUCAAACCUUUAGCCAGGUCUAUUAG